AUGUGCACGCCAGCGGCGGCCGGCCGCGUGCGCCUCAACGUCGGCGGCCGGGUGUUCGAGACCACGGCCGACACGCUCGCCUCCGCAGGCCGGGACACCAUGCUGGGCGCCAUGCUGGACGCCUCCUGGAACGUCCCCGGCUCCGACGCCGAGUACUUCAUCGACCGUGACCCGGCCUGCUUCGCGGUGCUGCUGGACCUGCUCCGCACGGGCGGCCUCCACCUGCCGCCGCACGUCCCCGAGGCCGCCCUCUGCCGCGAGGCGCUCUACUACGGCCUCCUCGACCGCGUCCGCGCCGCGCGCUGGGGCGACUUCGACGGCGACCGCCUCCGCCUCGCCGCCUCCGUCCCCGGCCGCGCGCCCGGGGACGGCGCCGCCGUCCGCGCGGCCCCCGACGGCGGGUGCUGCGUCGCGCACGGCGGCGCCGUGCGCGUGUACAACUGGAUGCUCCAGGAGCGCCGGCCGGUCCACCUCGCCCACGCGCCCGUCAACGACGCCGCCUACCUCGACGCCGCCACGCUCCUCGUCGCCGCCCGCGACGGUCCCAACAGCAGCACCCGACACGGCGGCGGUGGCGUGGCGGCCUUCUCCGCGCUCACCGGCGAGCUGCGCCACCGCUUCCUUGUCGCGCACGACCGCCAGCCCAGGCCAUUCACCCCGGGGGCUCUCGCCUUCGACGGCCAACACUCUAAAAUCUUCGCGAGCUGCAAGGGCCGCCUCAACGAGUACGGCGUCGCCGCGUGGGACGCGGCCACCGGCCAGCAGGCCGACUUCUUCUACGAGCCGCCCGCCUGCGCGCUCGGCGACGCCGACGGGCUCCAGUGGCUGCACGGCACGAGCACGCUCAUGGCGGCCACCAUGUUCCCGCGCGCCGACUCCUCCUUCGUCACCCUGCUGGACUUCCGGGCCAGGAGCGUCGCCUGGUCCUGGUCCGACGUCGGCACCCCCGCGUCGCUCGAGGACAAGCACGCCGUCCACGCUAUCGCGAUGGAGGACGGCUGGUCCGUCUGCGUCGUCAACCAGUACGACGACCUCGGGUUCCUCGACCUCCGGAGCAACGCCGGCGGCGUAAGGUGGAGGUCAGGGAGCAAGCUGACGGGCAGGAAGAAGGUGAAAGGCGAGGAGACGUGCUAUCCCAAGCUCGCCGCGCACGGCGGCCAGCUCUUCGCGUCCACGACGACCGGCGCCAUCUCGGUGUUCAGUGGCCCCGACCACGCGUUGACGUCGACGCUGCGGGCGAGCGACGGCGGCGUCAUCUGCGACCUCUCCAUCGGGGGCGAUCGUCUUUUCGCCCUGCAUAACGAGGAGAACGUUUUCGAUGUCUGGGAGACGCCCCCGCUUCCGAUCAUCUGACUUGUCGGACAAUUUUUUAGUGUCUGUAUCAAGAGUGGAAGAAUUACCGAUACGGAGUAGAUGUUUUGACAGAGAAAUACGCAAUAACUUUCUCUAUCAUUUUUGAAAAAGACUAGAGAUGAUUGAA